AUGGCUUCUCGGGUGCCAACUGUAUCUGCAAAUGACGAAGAGGACCUAGUAACUGUUGAAGACAUUGAACAGUUAUGUAGUCGAAUGUCAAAAUAUGAACCAUGUUUUCGUAUAUCUCUGAUUCAACAUCAUCUUAAACGGUUGGGUAUUGCAUGUAAUGAUGAACGUCUUGCAAAAUUAAUGACAUUGUCAUUUGAAACAAUGAUUCGUUCAAUAAUAACAGACUGUGCAAAUGUAAAUAAAGAUAAUCAUUCAUCAUCAAAAACACUUACAAGUGAAUUAUUGAAUCAAACAUUACUUAACAUACCAAUAGAUAAUAAUAAUCAGGCAAUGACAAAUUCUCAACAAAGUACAAAUAGUACAUUAGAUAUAAAUGAUUUCUUCGAUUCAUAA